GUGGCGACCCCUAACAAUACUCAAGUAAAUCUAAAUAAAUAUCAUCCUUUUGGUAUGCUGACAGAAAUGGAGACGAUGGCUUAUGCAACCGAACUCAAGCUAAGUGGAGGCAGGGGAGCCUGGAGUGGAGUGGCUCCUUCCUCCUGCCCUGAGGUUGACCUGGAAGUCAUCGAGGAGUACCUGCAGGAGCAUUCACUGGAGGUCCAGCCUGCACACACGCCUGCAUCACCUCUGACCUCAAUGGGGCAACAUAUACACUCCCACCAAGGCAGCAGAAUUAUAGAGAAUAGUUGGUCAGGUCAGCAUGCUUACGAGUGGCACUGUGGCUCUCACAGUGAGGAAUACAGACAGCAGCCCCAAGCCUGGCCUAGUCCCCAUGACAACCAGUGGGGACACAUAGCAUAUUCCGAUGAGGCAUCUGGAUACAUUGACUCAGAUUCCCAGUCCAGUAGCUCCCAGUACCAGGAUUCGCCGUCACCAUCCUCUGACACAGGGAGCAGGAAGGACAGAGAUCCCCUGCCUCUUGCACCACUGUCAGGAAAGAGGAAGGAGCGGCUGUUCCAGUUCCUGUUUGAGAUGCUUCAGACGCCAUCGAUGCGUAGCUGCAUCUGGUGGGUCCAGUCCUCCUCUGGCACAUUUCAGUUCUCUUCCCAAAACAAGGAGAGCCUGGCCCAGCUGUGGGGUCGGCGAAAGGGGAAUCGCAAGCCCAUGACGUACCAGAAGAUGGCACGGGCUCUAAGGAACUACUCUCGCACAGGCGAGAUUCACAAAGUUAAACGGAAGCUCACUUACCGCUUUGAUGAGAAGACGCUAAAAUGUCUACAGGGAGACUCAAAUACAAAGUAGAAACAAUGAGUCUAUGUUAGCAUAGAAAUAGAAUAAGGACAAAGGAUGUCAAGGGAAAUCACUUUGGGUGUCCCAUGAAUCUCGUGUCUGCUUAUUAUAGUUCUGUGGCAUUUUGAAUAACAAAUGAAUACUGAGUAUUUGAAAGCCAGAAGCGGAUGCACCGUAGCUCAGAGUCAGUUAUACAUACAGACCCACAUUGUAUUCAGUGUGAGGGGAAGAACUGUAAAUGCAAACUUCAGGUACAGGCUAGGUGGGAUAGGUGAUCUGGCUUUUAUCAUGUAAAUCGAAAAGGUUAUUGUAGAACAUCUACUUUAUAAGUAGAACUUAAAUCCUUCAAAUAAAAGUAGCAUAUUUCUCUUCUUUGUGUGUGAUUCUGUAUCGCAGAUAUUUAGCAGAUACAGUUUACAAUCAUCUUCUUCAUUUUGGUUAAGAAAACAUGAUCUGUUUGUGUCAAAAAUGUCUUUUUUAUGAUAAAAUAAAUCUGCACAUAUUUUUGAACAUCUGACUAUAUGCUUGUGUGUGUGUGUAAAAUGCUAAAGAUAACCCGUACAGUGCAUGUGGCUCAAAUAAACACAGACAUGGACGGACAGACCUGCACCCACAGCCAAAAUUGUAUGCAAAGUGAGCAUGCAGGGAAAAACCGCCACUAAAAACAGACGUGUUAAUCAGUAACAUCUAAAGAGUUUGCACACACAGAAGCGAGCACACACAGAUACACACCCUAACUUUGAUGAGAAGUAGACUUUUUUUUCUAUAAAGCUGCCAAACUGAGUGUCAAUCCCAAGUUAAAUAAACAAUAGUACCUAUUGUACUAUUGUACUAGUACUUGAUUUAUAGAACACACUCACAGGUUUUGUUCCAGUAGUUUCUUCGUGCCACAUUUGCAAUGUCAGGUAGUAAAAGUGACUCAUUGGUGUAUCAUGUAUUGUAUUUCUGUAUGAUUUUGACCUGUUUCGAUACUUUCAUUCCAAAAGAAAGGCAGAAAAGAAAUUCUACCUUUUCCUGAAAUCCACGUUUCCUUUACUGCGGUUACCAAGUACCUCGUGGCUUAAAAUUUAACAGUCAAAACUAAGAUCUA